GCAUUGCAACAAGAGUCAAGAAAGAAUGCGUAUAUCUGGGGGAGAGUGUCUGAGAAAGAAAAAGGAAAGAAAAAGCGUAGCGUGGAAGAUUCGGCGUUGAAGUAGAACAAGAAGAUGAGUGUUGUUACUUAUCCUAUAAAUAUCACAACCAUAACAACCAGUAGUUAGUUAGUUACUAGAGAGAGAAAGAAGAGAAAGAAACUCAGUGGACUGAAGAAGAAGAAGAAGAAGAAGAAGAAGAAGAAGAAGAAGAACAUGAGCAACGAAAACGAAAAAGCUCCUGCACCUUCUCCUUCCUUUGUGUUAACCAAAGGUGUCAAUGGUCUCGAUAAGGUUCUCCUCCGCGAGUCUCGUGGUUCCUCCGCCGAGGUGUACCUGUACGGCGGUCAGGUGACUUCUUGGAAGAACGACCAUGGCGAGGAAUUGCUUUUUCUCAGUAGCAAGGCUAUGUUUAAGCCUCCAAAGGCAAUUCGUGGAGGGAUUCCGAUAUGCUUCCCACAAUUUGGAAGCCUUGGCACCCUUGACUCACAUGGAUUUGCUAGAAAUCGGUUCUGGACCAUUGACAAUGACCCUUCACCUUUUUCAACCAAUACUUUGAACAAAGCCUUUGUUGAUUUGAUUCUCAAGCCCUCUGAAGAAGACAUGAAGAUUUGGCCUCACAGUUUUGAAUACCGUCUUCGGGUAGCUUUGGGACCUGGAGGAGAUCUGAUGUUGACAUCUCGGGUUCGGAACACAAGCAGUGAUGGGAAGCCAUUUUCAUUCACUGUUGCUCAUCAUACAUAUUUCUCUGUAUCAGACAUAAGUGAAGUUCGGGUAGAGGGAUUAGAAACCCUGGAUUAUCUUGACUUCUUGCAGAACAAGGAGCGCUUUACUGAACAGGGGGAUGCUUUAACAUUUGAAUCAGAAGUUGACAAGAUAUAUGUUAGCACUCCCACAAAGAUUGCAAUUAUUGAUCAUGAAAAGAAGAGAACAUUUGUUUUGCUUAAAGAUGGCCUUCCUGAUGCUGUGGUGUGGAACCCUUGGGACAAGAAAGCAAAGGCUCUGGCCGAUUUUGGUGAUGAUGAGUAUAAGCAUAUGCUUUGUGUAGAGGCUGCUGCUAUUGAAAAACCUAUCACUUUGAAACCUGGAGAAGAAUGGAAAGGAAGACUAGAGCUUUCUGCCGUUCCCUCUAGUUAUUGUAGUGGGCAGCUUGAUCCCCGGAAAGUUCUUCAGGGCAGCAGGUGAAAAAUCAUUGUUGUGUUCUGGGUCCUGUACAGGUAGCCUGUUGCAAGAUUUGUGGAUUAUGAAAGGAAAGUGUCUCUGUAAUUUUGCCUCUUCAUGUUCCAUUUAAGUCUGUUGUAAGGAUGAACUCGUGUUAGAUAGAAUUUUAUUGAACUUCCCCCCCUGUAAUAGAAGACUAGUGUUCUCACUGCUAUAUGCUCCAAAGAGUGUUGUCCAUAGUUGUUGCCAUGGAAGAUCGAAAUUACAGCCUACAAUUCAACAGAUUUUCACGUUGAGUUGAAUGGUCCAGACUCAGGGAUUCCUUUGGAAUCCACGUAGAUUUUUGGGUUGUUAAAUCCCUAUAAAUUGUUUGUUACUAAAUGUUAUUGGCAAAUGAAUACAUUCUUGAAGAAUAUUUUACAAUCUAAAGGAAUGUAACAGAAUGGUUGACAGGUCA